UUUAACCUUUCAACUUCCCGUGAAAUAAUAUUGUACUUACUUCAUAAAAAACAUUCGUCAGCUUAACAGUUAAAUAACCAGCAUGUAACUAUGUUGAUUGUUUGUUUUUACUAUUUAAAGGUAAUGGUAAAAUCAUGAGAUGAAAAUAGAACUGCUGCCUAGGAAUGUUCAGUCCUAUAUCCGGACUGGAGUGGCAAUCACCAGUGUUGGUCAGUGUGUUGAAGAGCUGGUACUGAACUCUCUGGAUGCAGGGGCCACUUGCAUUGCUGUUAGAAUUGAUCUAGACAGCUUUAAGGUCCAGGUUGUCGACAAUGGGUCCGGCAUAUCCAGGAAUGAAAUGGAGCUGUUAGGGAAUAGGUUUUGCACUAGUAAAUGCCAUAGCCUUGAGGACCUUGACAAUCUGACCCACCAUGGCUACCGUGGGGAGGCUGUAGCCAGCAUCAGAGACUGCUGUGGGUUGCUGAAGAUCACCACUCGUGAACAAUCUUCAAGUCAGACUUAUUGUAAAAUAUUCCGUGAAGGAAAGGCAAUUAAUGUUGUAGAAUCUUCAGAGAGCAGGCCUAGCCUAGGGACAACGGUGACAGUCCAUGAACUCUUUAUCAAUUUUCCAGUGCGACAAAAAUCACUGAACAAGACCCAUGAGCUUGAAAGGGUACGAGAAAUCCUAGAGAGCAUAGCGCUUAUCCGCCCAUCAGUGUCCUUCUCUUUAAGAAAUGAUGUCACUGGUCAGGUUGUAUUCCAGACUCGCAAAGGGACUGAUACAGGGGCCAUUGCUUCCCAGCUUUAUGGCCCCGCAAAAUCGAGCAUGUUACUUCCUGUGGAAGGCUUUACAGGGAUAUACAGACUCACUGGAUUUCUAGGUCGUGAGGGUCAUUCAAGAAAGAAUCUACAAUUUGUGUACGUCAACGGGCGCAUUGUCAAGAAAACCAGAGUACACAAAAUUCUAAGUCAGGUUUUGAUGAAUUUGCCAACUUUGAGGCCAAAAGUGAAGUUGCCUGAAGGUUCACCCGAAUUUUCCAACCAUAAUAAAUAUGUUUUCAAAAGCCCACCAAAAUUUUCAGAAGUGUAUCCAGUGUUUAUUUUACAAAUCCAAUGCCCUGUGUCAGAGUAUGAUAUUACUUUUGAGCCAGCUAAAACUAUGGUAGAGUUUAAGGACUGGGAUACACUUGUAAGUUGUGUUGAAGACCUGGCUACAUCAUUUGUAGGGAAUCAGAAUGGCUGUUUAAAGGAAUCCAGGCAGAUUCAGGAACAGCAAUCCAACAAAGAAUAUAAAGAAUAUAAUGGCGAUAGAACAUGCAAUGUAAUCUGUCCUGAGAAUAUGAAAGACACUCUAAAAUCUAAGACAGCUACAAGAAAGCCUAGUGUUCCUGACAAUCAGUUUAAGACUCCACAGAACCCUGACAUGAAAAUUCCAAUGAAUAAAGCUGCUAUUGGACUUGGUAGGAAAGCAAAGCAUUUAGUUGUAAACGGAAAUAAAAGUUUUGAUUCUAGCCUGGAACAUGAUGAGAACUCAGAUGCUACACAAAUGUCCACUGAAUCUGAAAUCUCUGAUUCCAUAGAUGCAGAAUUAUCCCUCUUAAAAGGGAAAGAACAGAAUAAUAAUUUUAAAGCUGGUGUAUCUAUUGAAGAGUCAGAUAUGCAAGUCCAUCCAGGAUCACACAAAGGAAUGAAAAUUAAUACUGAGCUGUUGAGAGUUACAGGCAAUAAAUCAUCUAGAACUGUAAGUGAAACUAAUGGAGCAAAAGCCUUGGAAGAUUCAAUCACUAACUCAGCUUCCAGUCUGUCUUGGUACAAGAAAUCUAUUGGCAAGGUCCCACAACCAACAAAGUCUGUAAGUGUGGAUGAGAGUCUUAAGAAACUUGAAAGGAUUGUAGCUCUACAAAGUGCAAGUUCCAGAUUAAGCUGCUUGCAAAAGUUUAGAAACAGGAGUCGUAACAAUCUAGAUGUACAACAAGAUGAAAGCGAAUCAUGUGGGAUUCAUACGUCAAAUGUCAAGAAAUUGAUGGCAAAUCAAGCUAAUUCCAAUGUACUUAAGGUAGAUCUAUCCAAACCUGAUGCAGUGAUGACAGAUCAAGCAAAAUCACUUGUACCUAUUCAAGAUCAAGUUAAUCCAGAUGUGUUUAUGCGAGAACAAUCAAAACCUAAUAUUGAAGCUCCCAAACUUGUAUCAAAUGAAAGAAAAUCCAACGAGUUUUUUACCAGUUGUGGUAUAACAGACGAGCUUCAUGUAAGUGGCAAUGUUGAAGAAAGAAAUAGAAAACAUUGUUAUCAUCCUUCCAAACCGCAAUAUGUAGCCUACAAAAUUGAUUUAGAAAAUAUGAUGGAUUAUCAAAUGAAUGGAUCAGAUGUUAUGAAUUCUGAAGUUGAAUGCAAGUCAUUGGAUUCGCCUUAUGUUGAUUUAACAGGGCUAGACUUCUAUGGUAGUGAACAGAAAAUAAAAAUGAAUAGACUUCAUGUUCAUCUAGCAAAACCCCUUCUUGUUGUCACAAAUCAAGCAAAAUCAGACAUACUUAUUCAAGAUCACAUUAAUACAAAUGUGUUAAUGGGAGAACAAGAAAAACCAAGAAUUCAAGCUCCCAAACAGUGUAUAUUAAAUGAAAAAAAAUCCAAUGAGUUUUGUACCAGUUGUGGUGAAACAGAAGAGCUUGGAUCAAAGAUAUUUCAGUUUCAUUCAAAUGCGUUUCACGUCAGUAGCAAAUAUGAUCAAGAUGCAGCCUAUGGUGGUGGAGAUGAUUUUCAUGUAAGUGGCAAUUUAGAAGAAAGAAAUAGAACACAUUGUAGUCAGCCUUCUGAACCGCAGUAUGUAGCCUACGCAAUUGAUUUAGAAAAUAUGAUGGAUUAUCAAAUGAAUGGAUCAGAAGUAAUGAAUUCUGAAGUUAAAUGCAAUAUAUUUGAUUCGCAGUAUGUUGAUUUAAUAGGGCAAGACGCCAAUGGAAAUGAACAGAAAAUGAAAAUGAAUAGAAAAAGGCAAGCAAUCAAAAAUGGAAUGUGUAGUAGCGCAAAAGUUAUCAGGCUACAUGAAAGAGAAUUUUGUGAAUUUGUGAACAAUUCUAAAAGUGACUUGGACCUACUGCAUUGUGGAGACAUGUAUGAAAUUAAAUUGGAUACUGUAUCUGCUGAUAUGAGUCAUAUUGAUUGGACUAGUAAUCCAGAUAAAAAUAUUCAAGCCACUGUGUGUGAAACAAGAGUAAUGAAUGAUGGUGUAGCUAAGGAGGUGGACAUUAAUGAUACCUCUGUUAGGAAUGGUCGUGAAAAACAAUCAUCAGAAGGAAGUACACCAGCUCUGACUAAUGACCAUUGUACUCAGGCUUUCACACCCAGUCCCUAUGAAGUAGAUUGUCUUCACACUGGCUGCUCUGGGGAAUUUGUUUCUUUUCAAAUAAAGGAACAGGAAAACAUGACUCCACAGUCUACUGGGUUUUCCCCUGUUCUUAAUCUAGACGACUUUGGACUUUCACCAUGUACUGAUUCUGAAAUAAAGGACAACUCACCACUCCGCUGGUCUGCAGGUUUUUUUCCAUCAAAACAAGAUGUCGAGUCUGAAGAGAAAUAUUCACAAGCAUUGAAGAUGGAUGAAAAUGCUGUUGAAGAUACUUUGUUAGAUGACACUCUGCUAGAAAUAUCUGUACAAAGCGAUUGUGGAAAUGAAUCUGAAGUCGCGAAUUCUUGUUCAGAAAGAAAUCAAGAUAGUUAUGAAAAUAGCGAGAGGUUUUUAGAAAAUCUUUCAUGUGAAUCAAUUAGUUUGACACAGCUGAUGGAAAAUAUUGAAAAUUAUAAGACCUCAGGUAAACAAAAUUGCACUGUAUCACAGGCCAAGGGAGCCACAAAUAUGUUUGAUGCUUCUAACAAAAAUGUAGUCACAUUUUCAGAUUUAUUCGAUACUCAGUCUAGUGUUUUCAAUAUAACAGACACACAACAAGUAUUUAAAGCAACUAGUGAAGACAUGGUCUCACAACCAGAAGUGUUGACAGGAACCUCUGUUGCAUUCUCAGAAGCUGAAUGGGAAAAUGGGAUUACUGAGAUAGAUACUGGUGUUGUCAUGCAAGAAAAACAAGCAGAAAAAAAGGAAAACAAUUUAAACGCAGAAUUUCAAUGUCAAAAUGGUAGUGCUAAUACAAUUCAAAAUUUGAAUGAAAAAAACAACAAUUAUAAUGAACCAGGAACAUUGUCCUUGGAUUCAUGUUCAGCAUUAAAUAACUGCUCUAAAUCAUGUAGUGAUCAUCAUAUGCAUGGCAAUAUAAAGGAUACACAUGAUCAUUGCAAUGCUUCACACACGCUUUCUGCAAGCGAAGGUUGGGAUGCUCAAAAGUGGACUAACACUGAGAGUGAAGCAGCACGGAGCCUGUUAGCAAACUUGGAUAGCCUUGUUAAGUCUUCAGGACAUGUACCUGUGCCAGAUUUUUCUUACCUGACAAGACCUGGGGAGCCUGUAGGAAUCACCUGCCAGUUCAGUAAACAGUCAUUCAAUAAUGUCAAGGUAUUGGGACAGCUGGACAACAAGUUUAUAGCCUGUUUGCUGGAGCCUCCACUAGAUGGUGCAGGGAGCAGUAAGGAUUCUGCAGAUCAUGCCUUGCUACUGUUGGUGGAUCAGCAUGCUGCACACGAGAGAAUCAGGCUGGAAAUUCUCACAGAGGAGGCGUUUGUUAAGGGAAAGAAAGGAGGGUAUCUUGUGCCAUAUGAAGUCACUCCACCAAGGCAGCUGUUGUUCACAGAGAAUGAGAUAUGGAAUCUGUCUUCCUUCACACAGGAGUACCAGAGGCUGGGUAUAACCUUUGAUCCUGAUUCUUCAACAACCAUUCUUGUGAGCUCAGUGCCAAACUGCUUGGUUCAGAAGGCAGAGAAUGCUGAUAAAAUAUACUGGAACACCAUUAAGGUUUUGAUGUUGGAGUCUUUUGGGGUGUUCAUGUCAACUAGAGGUGCUCAGAGCAUUGUACCACAGACUGUCCACAAGGUUCUGUGUCAGCAGGCCUGCCACGGAGCAAUCAAGUUUGGAGACAGCUUGACUCUGGAUGAAUGCCAUCAUCUUAUCAGGGACCUCUCCCUUUGUGACAUGCCAUUCCAGUGUGCACAUGGGCGACCAUCUAUAACACCACUUGUACAGCUAAGCAGCCUUGGGCCUUUCCGUGUCAAGCCAAGAAGAAAACCAAGGUUGGACAAGUUGCGGAUGGCAAAGUUUUAAUACACAGAUUGAUACUUGGGAUGAAAUCUUUUAUUUUGUUACACCCCUACACACACAAAUGUAAGGUGGUGUAAUGGACUCGGCAUGUUGUUUGGUCUGUUGUUUGGUUGGUAAUAAGUAAAUUGGUCUGUAUGCAUUUCUUACAUUUGUAAAUACUUUUUUUCCUUGAAUCUUCUCGUGUUCUAUAUUCUAAUAGUGUAGAAGUACAAGAAGCAAUAUUUUGUUUUACAAGAUUAAAGAUUGUCAGCUGGCAGCUACUUCGUGAUGUAUAAAUUUUAUAAAAUAAAGUGGAGCAACAGAUUUCCAUGAAACUUCAUACAGUUCCUGAGCAUAUUGCUAAUUACUUGUAUGAAGAUAAAAUCUGGUUGAAACUUGUAUUGAAUUGACGAACACACAAUCACACAUAAUCUCGUUCUGCCGAUUUGUGCAUGUAUGUACAUUAUAUGUGAUUCCCUGUUAGAAGCAUGGGGCUCUCGCUGCUUUAAAAUAAGGAAACUACAGUGUAAGUAUGUUUCAAACUAACUAAUUUGGGUUAAUUUGAAUGGAGAUUAGGUUUAGAAUGUGCCAUAUUGUUUCAUACAGCUUUAACUGUGAUAACUAAGUGUGAUAUUAUUUAUUUAUUUGUUGCAUUUGUUUCUGUUCUAUGAAAUUUCUAAUAAGAUAUACAUUGUUGUCUUGUUUGUGAUUGAUUGGCGCCAUAUUAAAGUAAAAUAAUUAUAAA